AGCUAAUUGGAAGCAAUUAUUGAGAAAUUGUAAGAUGAUUCAAGUAGUGGGCUGGAAGAAUCUGUGUAAAGAUGGAAAUCUAUGUAAAAGAGGGCGUCGAGUGUAUACUACAUGCAGGUAAGAGGAAUUUGUGAUAUAUACUCGAUUUCAGUCUAUCUAUUGGGAAGAAUGGCAAUGGCGAAGAGAAGGUUCGCUAUUCUUCCCAAACUCACAGGAACACUUUCUUCUCCCUCUUCAAUUUCUACCCCGAUGUUCCUCGCUUCAAACUCCAACAAUGGUGGUGUAGAAUCUGAUGAUGCAGAAGAACAUCUUAGAAAGAUCCACAUACUAGUUCAACAAGGCCAAACCCAAACUGCCAAAAAUUUAAUUAAAUCCCUCAUAACUUCCAAGUCGAUCUUCACUACGCCUUCUGAUAUUUAUGCUCGGUAUAAGGAAAACCGUAAAGUUUUUUCAAGCUUGAUUUUAUCGGUUUGUGCUGAAGCAAACCUCCCGAACGAAGCCGUUGAUUUGUACAUGUUAAUAAGGAAAGAUGGCGUCUUCCCUUCUCUUGUUUCCUUUAAUUUACUACUGGAAUGUUUGGUUUCUUCUGGUCAGUAUCGUAGAGUGUUGGAUUUAUUUGAUCAUGUUCUUGGUUCCGGUAUUAGGGUCGAUAAGUUUACCUUUGGUAAGGCCGUGCAAUCAGCGGUUAAGAUGGGGGACAUGAGACGGGGUAUGGGAUUGAUGGAUUGCAUGAGGAUUAAUGGUAAGAUGAAUGUUGGUAAGUUUGUGUAUAAUGUUUUGAUCGGUGGGUUAUGCAAAGAGAAGAGAGUGAUGGAUGCACGAAAGCUGUUUGAUGAAAUGCUUGAGAGGGGCGUGAUGCCUGAUAAGAUCACAUAUAACACGAUGAUUGAUGGAUAUUGUAAAGUAAGGAAUUUAGAUGAGGCUUUUAGGAUUCGUGAAAAGAUGAAGGCUAGUAAUAUAGAUGCUAAUCUUGUUACUUAUAAUACACUAUUAAAUGGGCUUUGUAAAGGGAAGAGGAUGGAUGAGGCAAAAAGGGUGUGGAAAGAUAUGCAAGUUCAUGGCUUUGUUCCUGAUGGGUUCAGUUACAGUUUUAUGUUUGAUGGGUUUUUAAGGUCCGGUGAUUUGGAUUCUUGUAUGGCGUUAUAUGAACAGAUAUAUAAGGAUGGCAUUCAUACAAAUGGAUACACUUGUGGCAUUCUAUUGAAUGGGUUGUGUAAGGGAGGGAAAACCGAUAAGGCUGAGGAGAUUUUGGUGAAAUUGAUGGAGAAUGGACUCGUUCCAACAGAGGUAAUAUUCAAUACCAUUGUUGAUGGUUAUUGCAGGGAGGGUAACACAGAAAUGGCCCUUCUGACAAUGGAAAAAAUGGAAUUCUAUGGGUUGAAUCCCAGCUGCAGCACUUUCAAUUCAGUGAUCAACCAUUACUGUCAAUCUGGCAAUUUUGUUAAGGCAGAGGAAUGGAUGAAAAAGGUGGCAGAGAUGGGUGUUUCUCCAGAUGUGGCGACCUACAACAUACUACUUGAUGGAUUUGGCCGGAGUUUCCAGUUCGAUAAGUGUUUUCAGGUUCUUGAACAAAUGGAAAGUAAUGGUUUAAAGUCAAAUGCCAUAAGUUAUGGCUCCCUAAUUAACAACUUAUGCAAAGACAGAAGGGUUGCUGAAGCUGAAGUGGUUUUCAGAGAUAUGAUUGGUAGAGGUGUUUUGCCAAAUACAAAUGUAUAUAAUAUGCUUAUCAAUGGAUACUGUAGCGGAGGAAAGAUACAAGAUGCUUUCAAGAUUUUUGAUGAAAUGUUGAGAAAUGAUGUAGUACCAUCACUGGUUACGUACAAUACACUCAUAAAUGGGCUCUGUAAAAUGGGUAGACUUGAGGAAGCCGAAGAACUGGCCUCAAAAAUAAAAAACGGAGGUCUGGAACCUGAUGUGAUUACAUAUAACUGCUUAAUCUCUGGCUAUUCAACCAUGGGAGAUGCCCAAAUGUGUUUAGAGUUAUACGAGAAAAUGAAAGCAUCCAGAAUCGAACCUACUAUCAAUACAUUUCAUCCACUAAUUGUUGGAUGCAAGAAUCUGGGGUUAAUGCUUGUAGAGAAACUCAUCAAAGAAAUGUCACAUAUGAACUUGACUCUUGAUCGCGUGCUAUAUAAUGAAAUAAUUCAUUGCUAUGCAGAGCAUGGUUUUGUAGAGAAAACCUUUGCAUUGUACCAUGAGAUGGUUGAUAAUGGAAUUCUUCCCGAUAGGAUGACCUACAAUUGCUUGAUCAUCGGGUACUUAAAAGAGGGAAAUCUCCAGAAAUCGAAGGAUCUUGUUUAUAAGAUGAAGGCGAAAGGAUUAGUUCCUAAAGCUGAUACUUAUGAGAUACUGAUCAAGGGACUUUGUAACAUCAACAAGUUUAGUGAAGCAUAUAUUUGGUAUAGGGAAAUGAUUGCAAAUGGGUUUUUGCCAUGUGUAGGUGCUGCAAAUCAUCUUCUUACUGGUCUUACGGAAGAAGGAAGAUUCCAAGAGGUCCAACUAAUGCGCUCGGAAAUGAGCAUGAAAAUAUUGGAUUGUUCGAGUGCAAAUGAUCAUCUCUGUGCUGUUGCCAAAAUUAGAUAAGAUUUAAAGUGAGGGGGUUAGGUUUCGGUGAGAUCUCCAUCUUUGGAUCAAUCCUAAUU